UGCACUUUCUUUUAUAUACCGUUGGCGAAAUUCGUCGUUUAUACAUUUUAAAUCUGUGAAAAUUUUGAUUUUUUCGCGAUCGACAAUCUUCCUGGCCGGCUUUCUGCCGAAUUUUGCAACAUAUCCCUACAACGUAUGAAUCGACCGUAGCCGAUUUCCUGGUGUCUGUUUAUACGUGACGAUUUAAUGGCCUCCAAUUUCAUGUCUUGAAUUCGCCGUAAUUCGAGUGGAAAUGUCUUUAAAUUUCAAGUUAUAUUUCCAAAUCACACCGCCAAACUACGGAAGCGUUUGGUCUGAUAUAUCUUCUACCAUUCAAGAGUAUUAGCUGGUCAAUUUUUGCCCGGUUUCAGACGUCGAUCGUCGUAUAAGUUUCAUAAAAUCUGCAUUGACCUGUGUCGAAUUGCACACUACAUUUUGUGUUUAUAUAUUGUGAAAUCACUUGGAAUACGUGUUAAUUUUAGUCGUUCUGGAUUACCCGAGGGCUUUUGGUUUGUGUACAGAUUUUUUUUGUGAUAAGAAAGAGGAGAUCGAAGUGGUUUAUCGCGCAAAUGUUUGCCAUUUAGUAUCGGGACGACGUUUUGCAAAGUGUUCUUGAGGUUUUUUAUUAUAACUGAAUCAGAUCAGGUCCCUACUUGCAAGUUGAACGAUGUUUUGGAAGUUCGAUUUGCAUCCAAAUUCCUCUCUGGAUACGGUGUUAUCAAAAGACGUGAGUAUAUAAAAAAAUUAGACGUUUCUGUUAGCCUUUUAGUGUGAAAAAUGAAUUAAGUGUUUUAGCAUUGCAUGUUGCUUAUAGUAUUAUAUAAUAAAAAUUCAUUGUUGACAUUGUGAUUUUGCAUCUGCCAGAGAUUUGGACUUUAUGUACGAGAGCCCGGUUGGGCCGGUUUGCAGGCUAGCCAGUUUUGUAACGCAAGACGAUUUUACUCGUCGAGAGGAGAGUCUUGUUUGUUAAUAGUUGACCGUCUCGCAAUGUCUGUUAACGUCUGUGGCAAUGUCUGUUUGUCAGUAGGCCAUUUUAGAAAAGAUCUGUAUUCCCCCUAUGCAGGAAAUUUCUGCCAUCCGGAAGAGAAGGGUGAAAUGAUUUCUGGUAAUAGUAAAAUGUACCAGGCCGUCCAAAUUUCCCCAUGGGCAAGGUGUGGGUGUUUUCUGGAAUGACCCAUUCUCUUUUAACACAUACAGUACAAUGUACAAUUAGUACACCCUUUUUAUUUAUCUUAAUCUGUCUGAAUGUAUGUAUACAUGCUGAGAUUUGUUGUGUAUGAUUCAUAUUCUGGCAUACGUAAUCCAAUAAGCAUUCAAGAGGAAUUGUCAGGCAUCAGCAGUAAUUUUUGUACGCCAGAAUGCGAAUUGUACACAAGGAAUUGCUAGGUGUAAACUUUAUUUAAUGUUUAGAUAUUUUACUUGUCAAAAGGGAAACCCAUGAAGCUGCAAUGCACCCCAAUGCACCCUACUUUAUUGUUUUACUCUGUCUGAUGCCAGACGAUUUUACAGAGUAAACAGCCCUCGAAAAUGACCUAAAUGCUAACCUGUUGACAUCCCAGGUUGGUAAUUUUUUGCUGACCACAAUCCAGUAGGACUCAGUAGAAGUAUCUUUUCAGCUGCUGACAGCAGUUUGAAAGCCAGUGUGUUUGUUCGUUAUUCCUUACCAGGUCUUACAACUGCAACGGUACUUUGUUCGCAGCUUAUAUUUCUUUCCUAGUACAGUUAAGGAAAGUGUGAAGCUUGUUGAGUAAUUGUAAUGGAAAACAGCUGUAGGAAAAUUGAAAAACAGUUGUGGGAAACACAAAAUUUGAUUGUGUUACUACUGUUGGUUGCUGCGGCUUUGAAAUUAUAAUGCAGGAGAGAAUAUCCGAUCCUGGGUUUGAAUUAACAAUGUGCAAUUUGCUCAUCAUUUUGUCCAAAAUUGGGAAAGUUGCACAUCACUUUUCCAAACGAUGUGCAAAAAAUCUGUUAUUAGUAAAGUGGUUGUGACUAAUGCUUAUUUUCCUCUUUUUAUAUAUUCAAACUUAAUUGUGAAAAGGAUAAUUUCAGUUCAGUUGUUUCUAAUAUAUUCUGGAGAUUUUAUAAUACAUGCAAAAUUUGUUCAAAGUGCUACUUCUUGAAAGGACAUAUUGUGACAGGCAUGCUGUCUAAAACAUGUGAUUCAGAGGCAAAUCUUGUCCCAAAAAUUGCACAUCAUUUUUUCUCAACUAAUUUGAACCCUGAUCCGAUCAAAAAAGUGCGGACCUCAAUUUUGACUUUUUUGAGGGCUGAAUGAAAUAGUAAAGUCGGGCACAAUGUAAUGUUAUGGGUAGACAAAUGGGCAGAAAGUCUGAUAAUUUUUUUAUUAUUGCAGGACUGUACAUUAUCUGAGAUCCUAGAUGAGGAUGAUGUACUACAGGAAUGUAAAUCACAGAAUAGAAAACUUCUUGAUUUGUAAGUCUCUCAAAACUUUUAAACACAAGGGGCCGAUUGUUCAAAGCUGGAUUAGCUCUAACCCUGGGUUAAAAUUUAACCUGUUGUUUUCGGUCUAUGUAUUUCUGCACAUCUGUUUAUUUCAAGACUUCAGAGAAGAAAACUCAAACUGAUACAGACAAUAUUUCCGAAGAAAUAUUUUCAAAUUUAUAAACAAGUUAGGAAGUUUGCUUUGAAUUUUAAGUUAACCUAGGGUUAAGCUAUGUAACAGCUUUUGAACAACCGACCCAAGUUGUGUGCAAUGUUGUAAUAUACUGUGAAAAAGAUUAAUUAAUUUCAAGUUAUUCAAUGCAAUUAAUUCUCAUCCAAACACUCCCAUAACCCUGACCUACUUGUGUCAAGUUUCCAAAUUAGUCAAGUCAUCGUGCAUCCCCCGGUAGCUAGGAUUGCCCAUUGUUUUUUAUUUAUCUUUCCAGUUUGACAAAACCAGAAGUGUUGGUGGAGUUAGUUGAUUUGAUAACAAAAGAACCGGACGAAGAUGUCGAAGAAAAAUUACGAUAUAAGUAAGUGGAUGAAUUGAAAUAGUCACCAAACAGCUCAGCUUUUCUCCAGGUCGCUAACUGCAGUUACUCAUAGAAUCGAACCUGCCUGAAAAAUACAUGUAAAACUUCAACGUGUCGAUCGAAGGUCCUUCAGGAAGUAAAACUUGAGCAAAAGGUCCUGUGUUGGAUCCCUGUCAAUCCGCAGUUUUCUGACUUACUAAUAGACCUUUCUGAAAAAUAUGUCACAUUCGUUUUCGUGAUUGAGAUGCUCAGGUUUAACUAAUUUGUGUUUGCUGCCAUCGCAAGGACACACUGGACGCGAUUCGACAACAUGGUGCGAUUUUUCGAUUUUCACAGGUUGAUAACUUUUAUCCUGGUUUAAGUUUUUCAAGUAUUUAGAAAAAACUGAAAAAUUAUGCUGUGUUGUCAAAUUGUGUCCGUGUGUCUUGGCCUUUCAGCAUAACCACCAUUUGUCAUUAUUUUCAAUAUACUUUCAAGUCGUGCAAUAAAAAAUUGGGGCAAAAUUUCUUUUCAUAAACACUAGUGUUUGAUCAUUAUAUUCUACUGUUGUUGUAGGUAUCCCAAUGUCGCAUGUGAACUGCUGACAUGUGAUGUACAAGUAAUUGUAGAACAAAUGACGGCAACUAAUGUAAGUUUUGAUUGAAAUUUUUUGGUAUUUGUCAUAAAGCACAAAAUUACUGACAACAUUUUGAAACGAAGACCCUUCAUCUCUGACUUUUGCAUGCAUGAAUUUUCUUUUCCUUUCUCAAAAUGUUGUAAUGCUAUGCUUACAUUUUUAGGCUAAAUGGAGCAAUAUACAUCAUAGGUUUUUUAUCAUCUAACACUAACACAUCAUCUAACACUAGCACGCUGAAUUUUACAACUAACUUUUAUGUUUUGUGUUCAGGCUCUUUUAGAUAAAUUAUGGACAUUUUUAGAUACCGAAAAAACAUUAAACCCUCUUUUAGCAAGGUAACUAUAGUACCAUAACAAAUUGAGUUUUCAUUAUUUUGUAUGUACCCACAUCACAUUGCACCCUCCUUUAUUACUUGACUCUCUCUAAUGCUAGAUGAUUUUACUUAUCAAGGAGAGAGAGCUGGCACUCAAUUGGUUAAUCAGAUUAUCUGCGGUUGUGUCCAGUUAACCAUUAAGUUGAAUUGAGCCCAUAUGCACCCGACUUUAUUAUUUUACUCUGUCUAAUGCCAGACAAUUUUACUCUGUCUAAUGCCAGACCUUAAAAACUUCUUUUUUCUAAAGCUUUUUUAGUAAAGUAUUUUCGUUGCUUGUUGGGAGAAAAACCACUAUAGUAAGUUUUUCCAUUUCAAUUGCAAUGUAUCAUAAAGAAUUAUCCUAAAACGAUGUCAUUCUAUCUUAUAACAUUGGCUAUAUAUAUAUAUAUAUAUAUAUAUAUAUAUAUAUAUAUAUAUAUAUAUAUAUAUAUAUAUAUAUAUAUAUAUAUAUAUAUAUAUAUAUAUAUCCAUAUACAUAUAUAUAUAUAUCCACAUACAUAUAUAUAUAUAUAUCCACAUACAUAUGGAAUGUUUUUGAUGUUUGCUUUCUCAAAGCAUGCUUUCCAUUUUUCAAGGUUCUUCAAUUCCUCAAGUCGAAAGAGAAACCUGUAGAUUGUAUUCUCCGACAUAUCGACACAUCUGCAAUCAUGGAUCUAGUCUUGAGACUUGCAAAUAAUGUGGAAAUUAGUGAAUUAAGAUUAGAGGUUUUACAAGUAAGUGAACAGUGAAUGGGUGGUAUUCUCUCGCUGGUCCUCUGGGGAGAACUUAUUGAAACUUUAUCGAAAUUGAAACUUUAUUGAAAUUUUACAAGUUUGUGAUUAAUUAAUUCAAUUUAAAUUAACAUAAGAUCAAUUGCCUGUACUAACCAUAAAGGCUAACUAUGAACAGCCAAGAUGUGAGAUUGCAAAAUUGGUAUAUCAUAUUAGUAGGUUUAAAGAUAAAUCCGUCAAGACGGUGGAGACAUAAAUUGGGAAAAUAGAUACACGUUUUUAUGUAGCAAAAAAAAAACCUCAAAAAUAUUGAUCUGUGAAACAGCAACUCGUGAUAGAUUGGAAUAUAAAUAGGCAAACAACAGGAACAAACAAUUCACAUAAUACUAUAUUAUAAUGUGCAGAAAGCAUUGUAUCUAACAGGAUCAUCCAGUUAUUGUAGUCUCUUACAAUAUUUAACAUCAUAGAACAGUUUAGAUCUGAUCAUCUGAUAGAGUUAUCGAGCAUAAAUAUUUUUAGUUCUAGUAUUAAAGUCCAUGUAAACACCUUUGAACAUUGAGAUAAACUUCUCAUUGACUGAUUGAAAUGUUUUAGUGGUUAGAUGACGAACGAUUAAUAGAGAAGCUUGUUGACCUGACAAACCCACGACACUCCUCCGACGUAAGUGGUGUUUCUGCUUGUCUUUAUUUUCUACUUAAGUCUGGCGCACACGAUGCGAUUUUAUUCGGCCGAUAAAAAUCGUUUGACAUACCGAUAUACAUCGGUAUACGCCGCACACGAUUAUGAAAAAAAUAUGCUCCCUGAACUGUAGCCACCAUGUUGCCAAGUAAAUACAAACCGAUAAAAAUCGUAUAAUAUCAAAACGUUUUGAUGUUGUCCGAUUAAAAUCGAGCAACAAAAAUCGGUUAAAAAUGACACCGCACACACAACGAUUUUGUUACUUUUAGUCAAACGAUUUUUAUCGGCCGACUAAAAUCGCAUCGUGUGCGCCAGGCUUUAGCCUUGAGUGCUGAACCAAUUAAGUGCACAGAGAAUUGGCAUGACACAGACUGACACAAGUCCAAAGUGCAAAUCAAAGCUGUGAUAGGAAAUGUCUUGAAGGCAUUUGAAAAUAUUUCUCUUUUUGUUCACCAUAAAAAAUAUUGUUGUUGAAAAAACGUUCCAGCGUAUAUUUUUCACCAACUUUGGGUAACAUGGAAACAAUGUUUUAUGGUUUUUCCACCUUCGGGAAGCAUGACAGGAAACAAUGUUUCCUUGUUUGCCCACCUUUGGGGAACAUGGCUAGGAAACAAUGUUUCCUGGUUUGGCCACCUUUGGGAAACAUGGCUAGGAAACAAUGUUUCCUUGUUUGCCCACCUUCGGGAAACAUGUGUAGGAAACAAUGUUUCCUGGUUUGCCCACCUUCGGGAAACAUGUGCAGGAAACAAUGUUUCCUGGUUUGCCUACCUUCGGGAAACAUGUGCAGGAAACAAUGUUUCCUGGUUUGCCUACCUUCGGGAAACAUGUGCAGGAAACAAUGUUUCCUGGUUUGUCCACCUUUGGGAAACAUGGCUAGGAAACAAUGUUUGCUGGUUUGCCCACCUUCGGGAAACAUGUCUAGGAAACAAUGUUUCCUGGUUUGCCCACUUUUGGGAAACAUGACUAAGAAGCUUAUUAUUUGCAGAAAAUCUACAAUGCAUCACAAUGUCUUUGUGAUUUAAUCAAGACAAGUCGUGAACACAUGUCUCAACUACAGGAGAGCGCAUAUCCUGAUCCUAUAUUGGCAACCAUUGAAAAGUAAGUGCAAGCAGGGCUUGGCAAUGUGACAGUGACGGCUAUUAUAAUACAAUGAAAUAAUAUUCCCGAAAAGAAAUGAAUAAUUAAAGUCCAUGGGUAAAAACACCUUACAUUGGUACCACUUUCAUGUUAUAUAUACUUGAAUUUGCGACUAGAACUCGACAACUGGAGUCUGUGGCUCAGUUGAUGCUGCAGCCACUGUCCUCACUGUAUUAAUUAACCACAGCAAACCUCAGAUUUUUACGUCUUGUCUACUACGCUUGCAUACUAUAUAUAACUUGGACUGCCCUAGCCAACUGAGCGAUACGUUCAAAUUCAGACGUUGCAUGCACAACAGAGACCUGAGGGAUACGACGCUGCUUGAUCUUCGGAAGGUGAACAGUGUAAUAGGUCAAUCAACAUUCAACUAUGCUGGUGCGAAAGACUGGAACUCGUUACCUUGAGACGUUAGAGAAAUUAUAUCCUUCUCAAAAUUUAAACGUACUGUUUAUACGCAUCUUUUAGAACUUGACAGGAAGUCUCAUAUUUAUAGUGUAUAAGAAGACGCAUGUUUUUUUUUUGGUUUUUUUUUUUUAACAGCUUUAUUAGGAACUAAAUAUAUUACAUUAAUAAGGUACAAAUACAACAAACAUGCAGUUCCUAAACGGGAAAAUAGCGAACGGGCCAUAAUAGCCCAUGCGAGGCUACCUCCCGAAAUAUUUAUAUGUUUAUAUUGUGCAUAAAAGCGUAACGUUUAACAAAUAUAAAACAUUUUCCGUGUUGAUGAUAUACAGUUAUAUCAACACGAGUGGAAAUUGGGAAAACGACAAAUUGUGUGGAAACGCGACGCCCGAAGGGCGGAGUGUUUUCACACAAUUUCGAGUUUUCCCAAUUUCCACGAGUGUUGAUAUAACUAUAUAUCAAUACGGAAAAAAUAUUUUAUAUUUGUUUUAUAAUAUAGCACAAAGAAAGAUAAAGAAAGAAAUUUUCCGACGUUUCCGUGUUGACAUUGAGUUAUAUCAACAUGGCUCUUAGCCAAUCAGCGUUCAGAAUUUACAAAUGCUAUAUUAUAUAAUGAUAAUUGUAAUCACUGCGCAUGUUCUCCCGUUAAUACCAGCAGCAUUGCUGAUGAGAUUUUUUCAGCCGCAAUAAGCGGCACUCCAAAUUGGCUCUGUGGAACUGCAUGUCAUUAGUCACUAUCUCGUAAAACUUUAUUAAAUUUAUACAUGAUGGAUAAUAAGCGACAAGUUACAUUCAUAAGAUUUACGUCAACGACUUUGUUUCGGUUGUUGCUGUCGUGUUGCCGUGGUUUAGUCUGCAAACAGACUUACUGAAUGGGAUAUGGAGUCUGUGAAUGAACAACAACGAGCUUAAGUUUUUGACAGCACGAACGUUGACCGGAAGCAUAUUUGACGUUAUCAACCAACCAAAAUUCUUGACCCAGUCUUUUAACGUUACUCGUGCCCUGCCUCCUCCGCAGGCCCUCGUUGCGUCAUGGGAAGGUCACGAUUUCGAGAAGGCCUGCGGAAUCUUGUAAAAUGAAUAAAUGUUGUUCUAAAUCUGCUUCGUCAAAGAAGGCAGUUUUAUUCGUGCAACGUUGGUGUGGACAACAGACCUUAUCGUUAAAAAAUGCAUCCUUCCACGUCCUUAGAGUCGCCGUUUUUAUUUACAAGUUUCCCGCCGCAUUUUUAUAGCCUGUUUAUAUUCAAGAUUAUGUAGAAAUUUACUUGCUGACGUGACGCUGGCGCCAUUUUUUUUACAAGAUUCCGCAGGCCCACUCCACAUUGUGUGUGACCUUCCCAUGACGCAACGAGGGCCUGCGGAGGAGGCAGACUCGUGCAUUGAACUAUAAAUAAACUGGAAGGCUAACUCAGGGGGGGGGGAUUGAAGCCAGUGCAUUUUAGUUUUUCUGAGUUAUGAGCAGAAAUACUCAACACUGAACGUUGGGCUAUAUAUCAAAUUGAAGCUAUUGAAAAACGCUAUUUGGUGUAGAAAUUUCAAGACUUUAGCUAAAAGGGAAAUAUUGAAAAACUACAAACAUAAUUACCGAUAAUUUGCCGUUUUGCAGUUUGUAUUUUUUAAUUAUUUUUCUUUUCGCUGAAGUCUUGAAAUUUCCACACCGAAUAGCAAUUUUCAAUAGCUUCAAUUUGAUAUAUUGCCCGACGUUUGGGGCCAAGUAUUUCUGCUCAUAACUCAGAAAAACUAUUUUGGCUUCAUCAAAUCAUAGGCCUUCACCAUAGCAGUUAGCCUUCCAGUUUAUUUAUAGUUCAAUGGACUCGUGAGUCGUUCGUGUUGUCAAAAACGUCACUUGCUUAAGUUCGCUAAUAAAAGUCUUGCAUUGGUCAAUGACUGUAAUUGGUCAGUUGGUAUACGGUAAUUAUGCAAACAUCUGUUUAUUUAGCAAAGAAACGCUGUCAAUACUGUUGGAUCACAUGCUACAUGACGUACAUCUGAAGUCAUCUAGUGACUCUCUCGUGGGCGGAAUUAAUGUUUUGCUGACUUUACUUGAAAUAAACAAAAGCAAGUAAGUGUAGAAAAGAGCCAUUUGUAUAAAAAGUGUAUAGCUAACGGUAUACAGCUAUUUCAAUAGACCUUUCCUCUUUUAAGUGAAAUUUUGAUCUAGACAAGUCUAGGCAAAAAUUUCAUCACAGCUUGAAAGAGCAUCACAAAAUUAGUAACAUUCCGAAGUUUCGUUGCGAAAUGUUGUAAAAUGUGGAUAAUAUAGCCUUGCGAAGUUUGCCGUUUUUCAGUCAUUUUAGAUUACAAACGGGAAUUUAAUAAUCAGAUGAUCAAACUGAUCAUCAAUUUCCCAUUUGUAAUACAAAAUGACUGAAAAACGGCAAACUUCGCAAGGCUAUAUUCGCAUUUUACAACAUUUCGCAACGAAACUUCGGAAUAUUACUAAUUUUGUGAUGCUCUUUCAAGCUGUGAUGAAAUUUUUGUCCAGACAUUUCUAGAUCAAAAUUUCACUCAUAAGGGGAAAGGUCUAUUAAUGUUGUCCACGAGCAAAGCGGAAAUGUCGAAUAACGAGCGCGAAAGGUUGCUGGGAAUCGCUAUGAAAGUUCAUUAAUUUUUUAGCGAUUUCCAGCAGUCUUUCGCGCUCAUAUUCGACUUUUCCGCUUUGCUUGUGGACAACCUUAAUUGACAUAGCUGUAAUCUAAAGCAUUCGCCUACAGUAAAUAAUGCCUGAUUCUUUUCCAGUUCUGAAUCACCGUUUUCGAAUGUUGAAAUUGGGGAACCUGUGACAGCAUUGGAUGCGGAAAGAUUGGCACACGGUAUGGUUUAUUUAGUAAUUUACUGUAAUAGUAAAAAUGUCACCGUUUACAGACUAAUGAUGGUCGUUAAAAUUCCCUCGAAACUGUUUCGAGUCUUAAAACAGGGUUCGUACGGGUCCUGGAAAACCUGGAAAGUCAUGGAAUUUCAAUAUUCCAAAAUCCAGGUCUGGAAAUCCUGGAAAAUCAAUUUUAGUCAUGGAAAGUCAUGGAAAAUUGAAAUUUUACAUAACAUUAACAAAGUAUUUUACUUAUUUCAAUUUACCAGUCAUAACAAUAAUAUGAAUUGUUGUUAUAUAACAGAUUUUUGCAAGAGCGAAGUGAAUUUUGUUCUUUUAUAUCUGUUAUCGUUAAAAUAUUAACGAAUUCCAGAAAUUCCAUGCAGAAAUUAACAUUUUGUUUGUGUGAUGUUACUCUGAGUGUGUAUCCACACCGGGCAGGCUUGAAAAAUAUGCCUGGCCACGGCGGGAUUCGAACCUACGACCUUUGGAAUACUAGCCCAAUGCUCUUCCAACUGAGCUUAUUCACCUGAGUACAUUACGCCAACACAGCAGAUUUCAUGAUUAUUAGAUUACACUGAUAUCGAAGGAACUAGACUCAGUUUUGAAAUAUCGCGUACUCGAACCGUCCUGACCGCGUAGCUCAGUUGGAAGAGCAUUGGGCUAGUAUUCCAAAGGUCGUAGGUUCGAAUCCCGCCGUGGCCAGGCAUAUUUUUCAAGCCUGCCCGGUGUGGAUACACACUCAGAGUAACAUCACACAAACAUCUUAUUCACCUGAGUACAUUACACCAACACAGCAGAUUUCAUAAUUAACAUUUUAUUGUAAUAAGGUAUAUAACUUGAAAAAAUACGUCCAUAUAUUGAACGUCCAUUUAUUGAAUUUAUUAUUUAUUGAACGUUCUCUGACUUAAUAUUUAUUUCUACGAGCUUUCGGCUAUCAAUCUUUAGUAUAAUUACAUAGGUGAUUAUUGAAAAUUCUCCACGCUGAUUGGUUACCGUUGAGGUGAUUAUUACGCGAUAAUCACCUAAGCGAUUUUCAAAAUGGCGGCCGAAGCCGUUUUGUCAAUUAAAAGACGAAGAAAUGUGCAUUUCUUUAUUUUUUUCCAAAUAAUCACCUGUGAAAUUAUACUAAAACAAUUAUUUACCUCAGGCUCGGUGAUUAUCGUGAAUAAAAACCUCGACUUCGUCUCGGUUUUUAUUCACCGAUAAUCACCUCGCCUUCGGCGAAUAAUUGUUAAAUAGCCUUCGACUGGUGUAUACAAUUUUUUUUAUAUAAACUUAGUCAUAAAUGACAGAUUAACCCUACUGAGCUUAUUGCUCCAUUUACAGGGUCCCUAAUAAUAUGUAUAUAAAAAAAAACAUUACAUUAUUUACAACACAUUUUAUCCACAAGACUGGACAACGGACGACACGAGUGACACUUGACACAUAUACUUUUAAACGUUUGUGGAGCAUUAUAUAUUUGUUUAGUCAAUGCCUCAUAAUAAGUUAACAGGUAAGACUUGAAUUGGCCAACAGUAACGCUUGCUUCUCGAAUAUGUGGUGGUAGGAAGUUCUAUAUUCUGGCCGGGAGCUCUAUUAUAAAGAUUGUUCUGAAAAGUUAAAGUGUUAACUCUGGAAAUUUUUAAUGUUACACUGUUAGUUGUAGCGCGCCUAGUGAUACGAUCGUUUGAUACUAAACUAAAAAUGAUUCUAUAAAGGACGCUAAACUUAAGUAGGUGGUAUGAAAUCUAAGACUAUCUAUGCUAUGUUACAAAUGCAUGAGAAUAUGAAUAUUUAAUUAAUGUUUCUUGAGUUCCUUUCUUAAAAGUAUUGUGCUGGAAGCGUAUUAGAGUUAUUAUCAGCUUCGUCUGUUAGUGUAGUUUUAAGGUUCCUAUGAUUUCCCUUGUCUAUUAUACUUUGGCAUUGGCAAAGUCAAUUACAUGAUCUUAGAUUUUUGUUUCUUAAUUAAAUAAGAUUUUUUUAGCUUGUGAAAGACAUUGUGAUUGUCGUUUCAGGUGUAACGACGACAUUGUCAUCUAUCGUUCCAAGACUCGAUGGAUUUCAUUGCAUACUGACUGAUCCUCCACCUGUAAGUUAAUUUUAGAUGCAGGAUCUUAGCCAGGAUUUAAUUUGUGAAUUAAAGGACAUUGGCAAUAAAAAAUUAGAUGUCUCAUUCAAAAGAACUCUUAAAAUUAUAUAUUAAACUCUAUUACCGAUUUGUCAUAUUGGAAAAUAUGACUUUCCGCCAUCUUGGAAAAAUUCUUUACCUCAUUAACUAUGGUUUUGAUGACGUCAGGAGUUGGGUUAACCAUAUAAAACUACUCGAAAAUGUUUACGAAGUACGCAGAUAGCAGGGAGUUUUGCUAUUUGAAAUGGGAGUUUUGCUAUUUGAAAUGCGAGUUUUGCUAUUUGAAAAGGGAGUUUAGCUAUUUGAAAAAGGAGUUUUCUAUUUGAAAAAGAAAGUUUUGCUAUUUGAAAAGGGAAUUUUGCUACUUGAAAAGGGAGUUUUGCUAUUUGAAAAGGGAGUUUUGCUAUUUGAAAAGGGUGUUUUGCUAUUUAAAAAGGGAGUUUUGCUAUUUGAAAAGGGAGUUUUGCUAUUUGAAAAGGGAGUUCUGCUAUUUGAAAAAGGAGUUUUCUAUUUGAAAAGAAAGUUUUGCUAUUUGAAAAGAAAGUUUUGCUAUUUGAAAAGGGAGUACUGCUAUUUGAAAAGGGAGUUUUGCAAUUUGAAAAGGGGUUUUGCUAUUUGAAAUGCUAGGGGUUUUGCUAUUUGAAAAAGGAGUUUUGCUAUUUGAAAAGGGUGUUUUGCUAUUAAAAAACGGAGUUUUGCUAUUUCAAACAACCGACUCCAACGUUUCUUAGUGCCAUCAGUGCAAUCAUGUUUCAUGCCAAGACAUCUCAGACACAUGAUAUACCAACUAAAUUACGGUAUUGAAUACCAUGGACUUGGAAAGGUCAUGUGGUACCAGCAAAAAAUAAGUACGCAGAUAGCAAGAGUUCCACGUACAGCUAUACGUGGUACGUGGCUGAAAACAAAGAAGUACCAAACCAUAAUACCUAUAAUUAUUGCAUCCUGUUAUUUCAUUGCGAUAGCUUUUAUGGCUUUUACGUUGCAUGAAAUCAAACAGUUUCCAGUUUUUUUCAUGACGAUGUCAUGGAUGAAUACUAGAAAAAUAUAAGCAAAACUUUGACAGAACAAACAAACUAGCUAGAAUUCUCAUUGAUCUAUUUAGAUGCCAGCCAUGACUACUACCGUUGGUAAACUCGAACCGCCUUUUGGCAAAACUCGACUUCACGUCAUGAAAAUGUUCUCAGCCAUUUUACAAAUGAAUAGCGACGAAGUAAACGAAGAGUUGGCAAAGUUAGGCACUCUGCAAGUUAUGUGGGUGAGUUACAACAUAGUUAAUAGAGGAGAUGGUUUGGAAACUCGUUAGCAUUACAAUAAAAUCACAAUAAACCUCAUCUAUGUUGUUCUGGUUUAUGCAAAAAUGUGGUCUUUCAUCGUCACGUGCGUAUUGUAUUUUUCUCAAGUCAACCAAUAGGAAUGUUCAAAAUGUCCUAUUGUUAAAGCCAUGGAUGGGCAAUUGUAUACAAAACCGUCGCUAUUGGCUGGUUGAGCAAAAAUACAAUACGCACGUGACGAUGAAAGACCACAUUUUUGCAUAAACCUGAACAAAAACAUAGAUAGUGAGGUUUAUUGUUAUGCUAAUAAGUUUCCAAACCAUCUCCUCUAUUAAAUAUGGUUACAAUAGACUUUUCCCCUUAUAACCAAAAUUUUGAAUUUUGAUCUAGGGAAGUCUAAACAAAUAUUUUAUCACAGCUUGAAAGAGCAUUACAAAAUUAGUAAUAUUCCAAAGUUUCGUUGCGAAAUGUUGUAAAAUGAGUAAAAUAGAGCCUUGCGAAGUUUGCAAUUUUCAGUAAUUUUGCAUUACAAAUGGGAAAUUGCAGCCCCAACACCCGAAUCGGAUGCCAAUUUCCCGUUUGUAAUACAAAAUGACUGAAAAACGGCAAACUUCGCAAGGCUAUAUUAUCCGCAUUUUACAAGAUUUCGCAACGAAACUUUGGAAUAUUACUAAUUUUGUGAUGCUCUUUCAAGCUGUGAUGAAAUUUUUGUCUGGAUCGAAAUUUUAGUUAUAAGGGGGAAGGUCCAUUGGACCGAAACGAGAUCGUAUACCACUCUGAAUUUGAUCUGCUCUCAUUUAUAAACAGCAAUAAUCGUUUUUUUCUCACGAAAACAAGUUCUGUUUAAAUGCCAAAACGGCUUAUACGAUCUAGAUGUCUCAAAUAUUGUUAAAAAACGGUCUGUCAGAUAUAACAUUAGAUCUUUUAACAUUAACAAUUUUCAUGAGAUUAGAUGUAACACUGAAUUUUAUAGACACUCAUAUUUCCCAAGAGUAAUCAGAGCUUGGAAUCUAUUGCCAGAUGAUCUGAAGGCCAUUGCGAAGAUUGGAGCCUUUAAGAGGAAACAGAACCUUUUUUACAAAACUCUGAAUAAUUAUAUACCUCCGUAAUUUUCCCGCAUUUUCUAUAGGAGUUCUUCAAUUUUAGUUGUAAAUUUGUACUAUAAUGUAAGUUAUUCGUUCGUAAUUAUGGUAGGCAGAUUCAAUUGGGGCUACGCUCUGUCUGCUCACCAAUCAUCUGCUGUAAAUUUGAUGAUGAAGUUAUUAAACUAAACUAAACUAAACUGUUGUAAUUGUUUCUUUUUGUGUAGGAGCUAUUUUUUCAAUAUCCAUGGAAUAAUUUUCUACACGCCGAGGUCGAACACUGUAUAAAUACGAUUCUAAGUAAUUCACCGGUGGAAAAGGAAACUGAACAUGUACUAUUAAAUACAGUAAGUAAAAAAAGUUCUUUAGAUUUUGCCCAUUUCGAAAUAGGCGAGUUAUGUGCUUAAUUUAAACAGUACAACUCAAGUUGUAAGCAGGUUGCAUGCGACAGUUUUAGGCAAAAGUUGUGUAGUGUAAAGCCCACUUUAAACUUCAGUUUCAGCUAUGUAAAUAUACUACAGUAAUUUUAGUUUAUAAUAAAGUUGAAUUUUUCUCUUUAUAGCUGAUGAAAGAUUUAAAUCUUGUUCAUAAAAUCACUGAAAUAUGUGCGGUGCAAGAGAAUGGGUAAGUUGUUUCAUCGUAGCUUCAUAAAGAAUUCCCUGUUGUUCCUUGUUUAUAUAUGAUUUUCAGAAAUAACUUUGCUUAAUUCCGUUAAAACAAAUUCUGUUUGUUCUGUUUCUACGUUAGGACUGAAAGUGGUUGCAAAAGACAUGGUUAUAUGGGCCAUUUAACGAAGAUAGCUAAUGAUCUUUACAAGAAUAUGGACAAAGGGAAAAAUCAAGAAAAACUAACCGCCCUUUAUAACGGUGUGUUGAGUUGCUUGUUUAUAGUUGAGUUUCAGUCAGCGUCGAUGGUGAAACUGCUCGGACAUUAGCUAAUAUAAUGGUCAUGAUUAAUUUCCUACAAUCGUUUUUUGUUUCUCAGAACUUGACCAAGGCGACAAAGACAAAUGGGAGCAAUUCGUGUCUGGGAACCUGGCUGAGAUUAAUAAAAGAAAUAGUACUGAUUUGGUGAGUGUACAUUUAUACCAUAUGAAAUUUAUUUAUUCGUUAAUUUUGUAUCUUUUUACCCUUUAAGUGGUAUACGCAGGGGUGGAAAAAACAGGCGAGCUCUAACCUCAUAACCUCUUCCGACGAUUUUACUCGUCAAGGGGGGGAGUGCUGGCACUCAAUGGGAAUCUUUAGUACAUUUUGGAGAAUUGUGGAAUUUGUAUGAUAACCGAAAUUUGUUAAGAAUACGGUCACAACUGUUGUAAUAUUUCGUUUACAGGCAGGAAGACAUCCCUUGCAAUCUUCAGACGAUGAAGAUGACGAAUUUCGACCGGUCUCGUUUCUUCGUAAUGGAAAUCAUGCCUCCUAUCAACAGGUAACUUAACUGACGACGAACAAACAAACAAACAGAAUAAAAAGAUCUAUAAAAGAGCAUUUAUAAAAAAAUACGAAAAAGAAAAGAAAAUCCAACCCACACCCUACCUAAGUUUUUACGACAAAAAUAUUCCUUUUGGCCUUAUUCAUUAACUUGAAUCAGUUUCGUUUAUCGUCAGGAUUUGAACUCGCGCUGAGUUUUGGUCUCUGUGGAUACUAACAUGUCCCCUAUAUCUUUCUAUUAGGCCUUCGCUCAAUACCAGUUGCAGCAAAUGUCGCCAGAAUUCUUAGAAAGCAUGGGUUUCGACGAUGAACAAUUCCCAGAAUCUGACGAACACAUGAAGUAAGUCAUGAAGUUAAAACAAUCGAAAAUAUUCACGAUUUGGCUUCGGUUAAUAACCCUAUAGCUUCCUCUUACUCUGUGGGUUGUUUUUAGAUAUCACAAAAAAUCUCGUCUCCCCCCCCCUUCGGAGUUCCCUCUAGCGAAACGUUUAAGUUAUAGCCCAUUCUAUAAUGUAUUUAUGAUACGUAUAACUUAGUUCGUUUACGGAGGUAUGCAGUCCCUGAGUGACUUCUGGUUACUAUUCUUAUGUUUGCUUGUUUUUUAGUGCGCCAUUUGAUCGAAUUGCCGAUAUUAACUUCGCGAUUGAUACCCACGAGGACAUUGUAAGUAUCACAAAGGGAGACCCAGGCUAACCGAUGUCAAUAAAAUCGAAGCUUUAAAACCUGAUGUAUAUAUUAGGCCACACAAAAUAAAUUCCUUGAUUCUCAUCACUACACUUUGAAAAUGUCGAAGAGGCGGGAGGUUUAUAUUUUAUAUUUAUAUAAUUUAUAUAUCAAUAAAUAAAAAAAUAAUUCCUAACAUGUAAUAUUUCUGUGAUUUCCAAAGUGAAGUGUACAAACCGAAGUAAACAUAUUUCUCCACGAACAAUGACUGAACCCUUGAACUGAAUGCGAAGUUCCUUUAAAAUGCAAUGAAAUUUCUUUCAAGGUUCUAUUUGUUUGAAAUUGGCAGUUUAAAAUGGCACUAAAAACCCAAUAUAAAAUAUAAAAAACUUAACUGUCUUGAAAUAUUUUGUCGGGCGGUACAUUUAUAUUGUAUAACAAAAUAUAAAACAUUUUCACGCGGCUCUUAAAAUACAGUCAGGCGGUGAUGAGAAUCAAGGAAUUUAUUUUAUGUGGCCUAAAGGAUAACUCUAUACACAUGCCACCAACUGCCCUCGAUCACAAUCACUUAUUAGAUAUGUUUUUAUAUUCUGUUCUGCAGCACAACUCUUCGAUGUUUGAGGAAGCGUGUAACAAAAGAAUUCGCCCUUUUGAUGAUCACGACAGCGAUGAGGAGGUGGGAUAAUCAGAUAACGUUUUCAUGUCCAUUAUGUAAUUUUUCUGUUUCCUAUUUUCACGACUACUGUAUAGUACCUGUACCUGACUCGAUUCGCUCUUAUGCUUAUUCAGCCUGUUCUGUAAACCAUAGAGUGCUUCCUGUUUUUGUUUUACUUUUGUUUUAUUUUCAUUUGACAUGUUUUGUUUUGGUUGUGUUCUGUUCUGUUGGACAGAUUAGCAAGUGUUCCAUGCCUAAAUAUACAUUUAUUCUGACGUGUAGGAUGUAUGGAAUACAAAAGAAAUAACGUUCUCGCCAAAUGCGGAACUAAGAAGGUAUUGUGUUAUUUGUGUAUAACUUGAAAAUAUUUAUAGUGAGGUAAGAUUUGAUACCAAAAUAUAUAACACGGCAAAAAAAUUCGACGCAGUCAGUCUUCCAAGCAAAAUAGUUAUUUGCAGGCCUGGGGCCGGUUCAAAGCUGGAUUACAGUAGCUUAACCCUGGGUUAACUUAAGAUUCAAAGCAAACUUCCCAAGAGCUCGUUUAUAAAUUUGAAAAUAUUUCUUCAGAGAUCUUGUCUGAAUCCGUAAGAGUUUUUUCUCUGAAGUUUUGAAAUAAACAGACGUGCAGAAAUACAUAAACUAAAGCAGCAGAUUAAAAUUUAACCCAGGGUUAGCGUUAACCUAGACUCUCUUUCAUUGUCAUAUAGUAUCGAUCCACUAUAGUGUACAUUACAUGACGUAGCACGGAGAGGCGGAGGGAGAAAGAGAGACUUGUGAACUUCGGUUCAAAACUGAACCGAAAAUGCAAGACUUGCUUUGUUUUCUGUCAGUGUUUAUAUGUAUUGAUCUAGCACAGUGUAAAUAACAUGAGUUCCAUUAUAGUAAGUAAUACAGAAAGAAAUUGAAGCAAAACAAUUAAAGCAAGUCUUGCAUUUUCGGUUCAGUUUUGAACCGAGAUUUUCCGAAGUUGACAAGUCUCUCUUUUUCGCUCCGCCCCUCCGUACGACGUCAUGUAAUGUACACUAUAGUGGAUCGAUACUCUAUGACAAUGAAAGAGAGACUUGGAGCAAAUCUAGCGUUAACCCAGCUUUGAGCAACCGACCCGUGGAUUGUUUACCUUUGUACAUUGCCAUUGGCUAUUUUAGUACUCCAUCGGACGGAUCAGAAAGCAGUGGGAGCGAAGAUGAGGAAGUUCAAGGACGAGAUGAGAAAUUAAAUCAACCAUCGCAUGAUGAAAGUUCUGAUGAUAUCAAAGAUUUUGCGACGAUAAGAACAUCGUCUCCGUGUCCUGACAAAGAGAAAGACGAUAAUUACAACAUGGAUGUUGACAGCAACGACGGUAAUUAGUAGGACUGUUCGGUAUACCGAUAUACCGAAAAUAUCGGUAUUAAAUCAAUAUCGGUAUAUCGAUACCGGAUAUUCAACCAUACCGAUACACCGAAAUUUCGGAAAUACCGGAAUUUUUCGGUAUACCGUGUUAAAUUUACCAACUAUAUGGCGAAACCAUAACCUUUAUUUUACUACUGAAUGGCAAUUCAAAGAACUUUCUACUGCAAUGAUUUAGAAUUUCCACUUCACUGAGAUUUUAUACUGAGUACGUGCAUGUCGUUCGAAACAUGUUCGAAACAGCUUCGAAAUUAUCGUUUUCCCUUUUAGAAUUACUCAAAAUUUCCUUCAAACUUCCAUUAAAGAAUUUUCCUUUAUAAUUAUCAGAGGAAAACCGGUAUACCGAUAAUAUCGGUAUAAUUUUUUCGGUAUACCGAUACCGGAAAUUUCUCAUACCGAACAUCCCUAGUAAUUAGCCAUUCCGAAGUUGAUGAGUGAACUGGGGACGAGUGUUAAAAAGUGCCCAAAUUAAGAAAUUAACCAAAUCACUAAAAAGACCACCUCAAGAUUAUUAAGUAUACAAAGUUUGAAGACGUUCACACGAAUAUCCUUCGAAUAAUAAGCUAUCGAAAAUCGUGAUAUUUACUACGAAAUGUAUUGUAGUUUUUUGUAAUUUCACAAUUUUCGAAAGCUUAUUAUUCGAAGGGUAUUCAUGUAAACGCCUUCAAACUUUGUAUACUUACUAAUUUUGAGAUGGUCUUUUUAGUGAUUUGGUUUAUUUCUUAAUUUGGGCACUUUUUAACAAUCGUCCCCAGUCCUCUCAUCAACUUUGGAAUGGCUAAUUGCACUUGACUGCAACCAGUGAGCUCAUGAGAAAUGUUUCAGGAAACUGGCUCCGUGGUUACUGUUUAACAUUAAGUCAGUUCCUUCAAACAUUUCUUACAAAUCCUUCAAAACUUAAAAUUCACCUGUGCAAGGUUCCUACUGUGAUCACAGAAUCACACUGAUAGUGUGCUUAAGGGUUAUAUGUUGAUAGGAAUAUUCUCUCAUUGUAGCUUGGACGGCAAACUUUGAUUCAGACCCGGUCUCAAUGGACGUUGUUCAAGGCGCAAAUCCCGCUAGUGUUGGAUGGACGAGUGAACCGAGUAAGACUGGGGACGAGGAAGAGAAUAGUGGCUGGGCAAAGUUUGACGAUAUUGCCAGCAUUGGUGAAACAACCAGGUAUGGCAUUGAACUCGAAAUAACACUGGAUUGAGUAUCUGUUGUGUUUUUAAAAUGAAGUCAGAAUUCGGCCAUUAUCACUGGUAACCUUUCUGACUUAUUGUAGAAAUUUAUUACUUGAGAUGCUUAUAAUGAAAUUUUUUUUCAGUCAAAAUCCAUCUCGUCAGCAACGUUGCAUUUCCCCGGUUGCUAUGGACACAGAAGCGUCAUCACUGCCCUUGACAACUGCUGGAUCAGCCUACAGUAUGUAUAGACUUAAGAUUUUGAAUCCUUAACCUUCUUUGGUCAUUCCUAUAUAGCCUUCCCUAAACUUCCUUAGACAUCCUUAGUCUUGCUUAGACAUCCAUAGCCUUCCCUAGACAUCCAUAGCCUUCCCUAGAUAUCCAUAGACUUCCCUAGAUGGCACUUCAAUCCUUAAGAUAUUUUCUUGCGAAUUCCUUCUUUAUUCAUAGUUGUUGGUUCUGAAGAAGCUGAAAUGCCGGAGGAAUUAACGAAGUAAGUACUUUGUCUAGGAUUACCCGUCUCUAGUGUAAAUCUGAAUGAUGAUUUGACGUAAAAUUGUAUUUUUUAAGGAAUGAAGCAGAAACAAAAGCUUGCGAAGAAACGACAGAAAGUGCCUCAGAAAAACACGAUAAAGACGAAGCACUGAGAGAGAGUUCGUCAGAGUCGCAUGACAUUGCGGCGACGUCGAGUGAAGACACCGAAAGAAUUGUUCCACUUGCACCUCAGGAGGAGGAUGUUGAUAUUAUAGACUCUGAAGAAACGUCGAGGUAAUAAGAAUGAACACAAAGCUUUCUACAAUUAGUUCUAUCCAGUGUAGAUCCACCAAAUUUUAUUCACCUAUACACCUUAUACUGGCAAUUCAAGGCCGGAUUUUGGUGGAAAUAGUUGGGGAGAUGGAAGCAAAUUUAGGGGAGGUGCAGCGGUCUAGCUCACGACCCCCCUUUGCCCUUCAUUACAAUAAUACUACAAAUUCUCUUUCAAAACAUUGCAUUAAAAGGGCACUUGACACCGAGACCCCCUUUGCCCUUCAUUGCAAUAAUACUACAAAUUCUCUUUCAAAACAUUGCAUUAAAAGGGCACUUGACACAGAGAUCAAUGGCUAUCACUGUUUCAAUUUUACAGAAAAAAACUUGUAGACCCUAAGCAACCCGAAAAAAGUCAAAUUUUCACUUUGAUCUAUCAUUGAAACUUUCCCAAGGGGAGGUGCAUGACUUUUCAGGGGAGGUGCAAAAAUUCUCAGAGGAGGUGCUCUCCUCAAAAUCCGGUCAUGAUUGGCUGAUAUCACCUUAUAACGUUUUGUUUUAAGAUUGGACAACGAGGAAACACAAGAUGCGGGCAGCGAAGAUAAAACUACAGUGUCGAGCGAAACUGAAGGAAACAAAUCGGAAGCUACGAAAUGUGACGAUGAUGUAAGUUUAUGUGAAUAAAGAAUACAAUGACCUGGGGUCGGUUGUUAACAAGGGUGGGUUGACUACAAAAUUUUUGUAGUUUGUUAUAACUACAGCUACUUCAAAAAUAUGUAGUCAGCUACAACUACGGCUACUUUUAAACGAAGGUAGUUCGCUACUGACUACAGCUACUGCUUAAAAAAUGUGGCGAACUAUUUCGCUAUUUCGCUACGCUAUAUUUUUUAAUUUUACUGUAUUUGGAGCAUCUACCCUAUUUCAAGCUGUGAUGAAAUUUUUGUCUAGAUCAAAAUUUCACUCAAAAGGGGAAAGGUCUAUUGAUGUGACAUGUCUUAGCAUUUCUUAAAUGUUAUCGCAGCCGAUUUAGUUUCGCAAAGAACAGUUUAAGAUCAACAUGCCGCCAUCUUUCUCAAGGCGAAUUAAGGCUCAGAGAUAAGACCAUAUCGUUUUGCUUCUUUAGGCUGCCAGUGACCCUGCUACACCAGUAUGCGAGGGGACAAAUGAGGUGAAAGAUACGGGUACAGAUGUGAACACUGAGGAUAAAGAUGCGAACAUUGAGGAUAAAGAUGCGAACGCUGAGGAGGGUGAUGGUGAGGUACAAAAACCAGAUGUCCCCACAGAAAGGUAGGAUACUUUAUGUAAUUCAAUUAAAUUGGUCAUAUGUCAGUAUUAGAAGGGUUUCUCAAUGGUACCUGAUGCGAAAGAAAAACGUCAAAUUUUGUUCCCACCGAAAAAUCCCGACAAAAUUGGGUGCGGCUAACCAAACAAUAUCAAUCUCGUAGUCUAAGCCGGGCCUCAUUCACUGAGCUGUAUAUACAGUAAAUACACGUCAGUCAUAUAAAUUUAGCAAUAAAUUUAGCAUGAACAUUUGCAAUUUUAAUAGCCGGUGUUCUUCUAAGAUAAAAUCUGUAAUAUUCUGAGCAAUGAGCGUUUAAGAUUUGACUUAUGUCCUUCGGUGGUCCGCUUUUGCAUCUUUUUUAUGAAAUUUUGAUGUCUUCUUUGAUCUGACAUUUUUCAAACGGUACAAAGAAGUUCGCAGGUAAGUUUUGAAUGCGCAAAUCAAUAAUUGUUCAAUUACAUAAAUACAGUACAACGUUCCUUUGAUUUUUGACCGUCAGUUGAGAGUUUUCAUCGAGAAACAUUGUAUAGGAUAGAUCUAUUACUGGCCAAACUGUAUAUGGAUUGUAUUUUUUACAUUAAAACGCUUGAUUUUCAUUUCUAGCCCCGAAACUGCAUCGUCAGAGAAAAUCCCGGUGGCAGCUCGUAAUGGUCCGACGUUACCCUAACUACCCUGCUCUAUCACUGCCAACUCUGCCUAUCCCCCAGAGAACAGACUAGAGAAAAGUCGUCUUCCGUCGAUUAUUUAUAUCCGGCCUGCUCGACUCAUUCUGAUCUGUGGAGAAUUUAGAUUAUGUUUAAUAAAUGUUAAAUUAAUUAACCCCUUCCCCUAUGUGAUUAGCACUCUUGAGACUGGAAUAUCUGAUAAACAUCAUUGAUCUAGAAAUAAGACUGGAUUCAGUAUCUAAAAAUUAAACAGGACCAAAUGCUUAUAAGCUUUCUAAUGUAUUUUAGGAAUGGACUGCUUUAAUAUCAAAAUUAUUCGGUUAAAAAGAAAAGUUUUGAAAAGAAAUAGAACCCCUUCCCCCAAUAUUUUGUCCCACAUAGUACAAGUGUCAUAGUGGAUUGCGUUGUCCAGUCUAUUUUUGAGGUCAGUGAUUAAUGUCGAAUGCGCUCAAUGUAUAACUGGAAUGAUACCGAACUUCAGUCCAUAAUAUCACUCCACUGAUAUAUUUGAGCUCAUUGCUGUCAAUUCCCUACGGUGACAAUUCGCUGGAUACUUGAUGUAUCUGUGAUUAUAAUCAGAGCAAGACAGUUCUCUGCAGGCUUGGGGUCAUGGUGUUAUCAUAGAAAGACGCAUACGAACAUUUUGGACUUUUUAAAACCUUGCAUGUGUCGAUAAUUUAGAACUUGAUAUUUGUAAAUAGUUCAAUAAAUACGUCGCAACGUUAUG